GUGGUGGUUUCAUUGUGUUUCCUACAGGUAUAUCUGACAGGGGCCUAGUCCAGCUGGGUAUCCCCACUGUGGAGGAGGUGAUGAGGCAGUACUGCAGCUCUAUGGGUCUGGAGGAGGGAAUCCCAGAAUGGAACUUCUACAUGGCCUUCCACCUCUUCUGCCUGGCAGCCAGCCACCAGGGGGAGAGCAAGAGUACCAUUGCAGGACAAACCGGCUCUGGGAGGUUAGCUGAGCAGGUGGCUGACCUGGCCUGGGACUUUGCCACCAAAGAGGGCUUCCGUAUCUUCAACGCCAUGCCCAGGUCGCCUCAUGCAGGCACCUCCCCUUUAAAGGGGCAAGUAGCAGAGUGACUGCUUUGUUGUUUUUCAAAUCCUGGAUUGCCCCUUUAAAACCAGAUUUCAGUAGCUGAAGUGAUUGGCAGCAUAGAGGAAGUCAUCUGUUCUUUUUUGGCGCUUAAGGACACAUUACAUUACAUUUCUACAUUUAUACCCAGGAUAUUGUUUUUCAACAGGAAAAGGUCAAAAAUAACUGGAGCGGGACUUUAAGGGGUGUCUUAGAGAGGAUGACUGCCCAUCCUACCCAGACUUCCAGAGUUCAGCUGUUCAUCCACUAUUCCCUCCAGGAGCCCUGGGCUACUGUCUCAGCCAGGAAACGGCAGCCUUCCCUGGGCAGGAUCGCUCCUGGCCGUAGAUGGCCUAAAGCCGAUUGCUGUGCCUCAGAAUCUUUUGCACUUGUUUUUCUCUUCCUGGCUUUUUUCUACUGAUAGCAGCUGUUCCCAAGAAGGCUUUACGUGCAAUAACUGUGGUUGUUUUUUUCCCUACAAAACUUCAUCUCUGGACAAGAGUGUCCGCUCGAUGAAUAAAAUGUAAAUGUUU